AAUAGCGUGACGGCUUGUUCAAAGCGGGGUCGAGUUCCGAGCCGAGCGUAUUAUCCCUAGAGUCAGUCACAAGGACGCGGAGCGCCACGCCUCGUCGUCAGUUAGGCGUGGUCACGCCGCGCGAGCACACCGUGCGUACUGCGACGCUACUUCGUCUUAAACUCAGUGGAGAUGGCCAAAAUCACCCAACAGUCUAUCCUGCGCAUCAGCGAUGAAAAAACCUUGCAACUCAUUGAAUUAUACGAGGCGGAAGAAUGUCUGUGGAACACUACUACAGAGACUUAUAAAAUUAAAUCGAAAAGAUACGAAGCGGCCGAAAGGAUAGCUAAAAUACUUAACUUAAGGCACUUCACUUUCCGGCACGUCAUAAUUAAGUUCAAAAAUCUACGGAACUCGUAUUGCCAGGAGUUGAAAAAGAUAGCGAACAGCGUCGCCGCCGGAGAGGAACCAGUUUACCGUCCCAGAGUGUUUUGGUUCUCGAAAAUGGACUCCUUUUUGCGCCCUCACUUGCAACCGACGAGGGACUCCAAAUUGCUUUUCAACUACGGGGUCCUAGUGAAGUCGGAACCAGAAGAAAACGAGGACGUCCAGCAGAUGAAAACAGUUACAGACGACAACAAUUCUUACUCCGAAGAGGACGCGGAGGAGUGUUACGUACCGCGAGUGAAGCGUUCAAGAAAUUCCUCGAUAUCGUUUAGCGAACCAAAACUUGAAGAAACGUAUUCAAACAACCUCGUGCCCUCGGUCCGGGAUACUUCGUCUCAUCAGCAACCUACGACUAGUCUCAGGGAUGAUUGCUACGACAGCUUCGGUAAAUAUGUAUCGGCCAUGUUGAGAAACAUGCCCGAGCAGCAAGCGAUGGAACUACAGCCUCAGAUAGUAAAACUGCUAGUUAUAGGAACGAUAGGGAACACCGAGGGACUCGUCAGUCAGUCGGACGAAAAGUUUAAUUUGUGAACAAUUCUUUGUAUUUCUAUUUAACAGAAGACUCCCGUUGCGUGUCAAGUUGUUUGCAAGUUAAUUUUUUUUUUUUUAAAUAUUGAAUAAACAUAAUUAAGCAUU